AUGAGCAGCAACGACACAGCAGCCCCAGCACCCACCACGGAUGGCGAGCUUCCGGAGGAGUUCCUGGUCCUCGCCAACGCCCUUCUGGCAGCCGCCAAGGUCGGGUCCGCAAGCGACGUUGCGGCACUCCUCAAGCAAGGCGCUCCGGCAUGGUACCAGGACGACUCGCUUGGCUGGUCCGCACUCUUCUACGCUGCCGAGCGCCGCGAGCCUGCGUUGAUUGGCGCCUUGCUCCGUGGCGGAGCAGUGUGGAACGCCGUCGACCACUGGGGCCGCACUGCCGGCGAAGUAUGUCUCUCCCUCGGCGACCAGCAAGGCUGGGAGAUGAUCCGCAACGAAGGUGUGCGUACCGAGAUGCUCCACCAUGCUCUGGGAGCCUCGCAGCAGGCUGAGACGGAGGGCGGUAUCACUUUGCGCGCAGAGGACAAGACAAGCGCUGGCGACAACCUCGAGUUUCUCAGGAGCGAGCUUACUUGGGACCUUGGGGAGGAUGGGAGGGAACGCGUGCUCGACGCCGACGGGAAUGGUGUCAUGAUGGGGUGGGAAGAGCCUCUCAUGAAGGAACAUGUCCGUCUCAUGACCGACCACCCCUCGGCCGUGGCCAAGGGCGGCGAAGGCAUGGCCAUUCUGAAUGUGGGCUACGGUCUCGGCAUUGUCGACCGCCUGUUCCAAGAGACAAAGCCCGUGCAGCACACCAUUAUCGAGGCGCACCCUCAAGUCCUGAAACACAUGCGCGAGCAAGGUGUUGACAAGAUCCCUGGCGUCACUAUUCUCGAGGGCAGGUGGCAGGACUGGGUGCUCGACCCCGAAAAGCUCGUCACACUGCUCGAGGGCACACCAGGCGGUAUGGGCUUCGACGCCAUCUUUGUGGACACGUUCGCCGAGGGUUACGAGGACCUCAAGGCGUUCUUCGAGGCCCUGCCGGACGUUCUCGAGGCCGAGAACGGCAUCUUCUCCUUCUGGAACGGUCUGGGUGCUACCAACCCCACAAUCUACGCCGUUUCGUCAUCUCUCGCCGAACUUCACCUCGACGACGUAGGCCUUGAUACGGUGUGGCACGACGUCGCGAUUCCACAGUCGCUCGCCGAGGAGGUCUGGCGUGGGGUCAGGAGGAGGUACUGGGAGCUCCCCGGCUACCGUCUUCCUAUCUCCAAGAUGCGUCUCAUAUAG